ACGAACGCACACACACGCAUACACACACACCCGCGCGCGCAGACGCCCAACUCUGUCCUUGUGUCAACAAAAUCUACUGCCAUGCUCGUUAGUUCUAGGAGAAGCCUUUGGACUACUUCAUGUCUCUUUUUUUUUACUUAGGAGACUACAGUUUGGGGAAAUAAAUGAAUACUGGAGUUAUCUGUGAAAAUACGGCACCUCCGGCAAACACCUGCCACACCUUCAGCACUCUAACAGCCCGGCGAUCCAGCUGUCCAAAUGGGGUGCAGAUGCUGUUGCAUGAUGAAAAGUUACAUCCAUGACCCUACAGACCCCGUAGAAAUCAAUGGUCUGAAGCAGGAUCCUUCGACUAAUUCCUUAUUCUCUUCCUACCAAUUUCACGGUGAGUCAGGUGAUGGAAAAAAACAAGGCUUCCACAAUUUGGGCUACACCAGCAACAGCAACCUCAGCAAAUCUGAUAUUGAAAACAAUCACAUAAACCAGUCUAGAUUGAACCUACCCCAGUCAGGAGGGGGAAACUCUAGUCUGUAUAUUUUACAGCCAGAUGGAGGGAUCUCUUCAAUCGUCCCUAGUGCUCCACCCUUAUGUCCUGUUACACCACUGGGCACAGAACCUGGGAAACAAACAGAGAGGUUCAGAGAUUCGGGCCUGGGGAACGGGUCUGAUGGUUAUUUGUGCAGAACAGAACAGGAAGAGGAAGGAAGACAUGGAGCAAGGGACACGGCAGACGAGGAGAGCGUCAUAUCAGUGGAUAUCCAUACUAGCAGCACAAGCCUCUCCUCAGCUGACACCAAGCUCAUGAAAGCAGGGUCGAAGGAAAAAGACACAGAGGACUCUGUGAGCGUCACAGACUCUAUGGUGGCGGAAGCACUCGCUGCCUUGGAGGCAGCCACUGCAGGGGAGGAGUAUGAGUAAGAACUGGAGCUUACCACCUGUCAUGGCUCCAGGACCUGACACGAAUGAACACCAUAUAUGGCCAAAAAAAAUCUAUUUUUCUUUAUAUAUGUUUAAUUCACAAAAUCUUCAUGAAGGAUGUUUUUAAAAUGAAGUUUUAAACAGACUCCCAUAUGUUUACAGGUCUUACUGUAUAUAAACUGAAGAUAUAAUAUGAAUAUAUUCUACCAAGCAUAUUGGUAGCAUGGAGUGUAUGGGCUGUUACUUUCUGAACCUUUCUCUGUGCCUUUUAUAGUCUAUGCAAAUCCAUACUACUGUGAUAAACUUUGAAUUAUUUUUUUUAGUUGACAAUAUGCAAUAUUCUCUAACUUCCCAAUGACACUAUAAGCCCGAGAGCCUGAGACACAGCUGAAGCAAGUUACCAUGCAAAUGUCCAAUAGGCUCAGAAAAACAUAUAUUCCUAAAAAAUAAAAAUAAAAAAGACACUGGUGUUCUUCCUUCCCGAAAUGUGAAGACUUUUAAAUGGAAACGGGGUUUUGACCAGGAACAACCUCCUCAUGGAGAGAGCUUUAUUCUCAAAAUUUAUGCCGGUUAAGCCAACACUGUACACUUGUUGUCUUAUUUUAGUUUUAAUUGAUCAGUUCUAAUCAGGCUGUUGUAUCACAUCACAUCAUCCAUUUACAACCUUUGAGUCUUGAUUACCAAAAUCUUGAUUCCACUAUGGUGAAAAAAAAAAAAAAAAAAAAAAAGCUA